GCCAGCUUCACCUUCUUCACCUUCUUCACCAGCUUCGCCUGCCAGUUGCUGACGCCUGCAUUCGCCCUAGAUACCUAAUCUAGGAUUUAACUAAACUUCCCGGCCACACUCGUCUACUAUCUAUCGCUGAGCACGACGACGCCUCAACACGGCAUAGAUGAGCGAUAAACACCUGCCGCCUAUAUCUGCCUUUCUAUACAUCUGCAUCUGUCGUGAUAAUGUGUGAUAACGUGGGAUGAUGCGAAGAAUGAGAGCGUGUCGAGCCAAUCACCAGAUUAUCGUCUGUUUUUGGCUAUUUUUGGACUUCUGGCUUUCGGCGAGUCAACUUCUAGAUGUGCUGGUGAGCCAGAGAGGUAGUCGAGCUUUCUCGCCUAGCCUGCCCGACUGGGCAUACACGAUACGAAGACACCAGCAUCUCUGUGAUUACCUGUAUACGAUACGAUACGAUACGAUACGAUACGACGUGAGACCGAACACGGCAAAUGUGAAUGUGUGCCCCGCCGUGUCCUCGAUAGAUUUUGGAGCAUCCCCUCAAAAAACUCGGUCAUUUACUUUGUAUGCUCCACAUAGCACGCACGGCUACUAUGUUCAGCUCGAUUAGACAUUGGUGCAUGUCUUAUGCGAUGAUUUUAUCUGUCUUGAGAGCUUAUUACGUCCGUCAACAACGAAUCGGGUUUGUCACAAGCACCGGACGGAUAGCGAAGAGACAUCUGCUCGUGUUGUAGAGC